UUCUGGAUAUGGUGGGAUGGCUGUGUAGGAACGAAAGUCCGGCCAUCAUGGCGCUGUCACAUGACAUUGACGCUCGCCUCUUGAAGCUGCCGUGCCAGACCGUGUGCAUCGGUGACUGCAGCUUCUUCACUAAAGUUCACUUUACAGAUUCUUCAUAUUGUCUUCUUGUGUCCGACCUCAGUGGGGUGUGGUGUGAGGAGGCGGCAGCCAGUGUUAUACUGGAGAGGUCAAAGGAGCUGAAUAAGCGUCUUAAAGCGCCCAUCUCCUCGUUUCUCGGCCAUCUGUCUCAGCUCAUUCUUCCCCUAUUGGACUCUAAGGAGAAGACCCCAAGCCCCUUGUCCUGCACCCGCACACAGGGCACAUUGCUGGUGCAUGUGAAGAGUCAGCUCUCCGGGCUCCCAUUUUACUGGGACUUUCACUGUAGAGAGGCCAGCGUCAGCACGGUGAGAGACGGGACAAUCACUUACAAACGACUGAAAACAGAGACUUUCGAUGAGAAUUCCUUCUACAAAUCUUUUAUGAGUAAGAAUAUUCCGGAACAGUGCGGCUCAUCGGGGCUCAGCGAGCGGCUGCAGCAGCUAUACAGCGAUGUGAUGAGCGCUAGAGAGGAGGCGGGGGCUGCAGAUGCAGGAAAUGCGCCAUCGCAUGAAAGUAACAGCCGCAGUUUUGCUGUGACCGACCCUUCAACAACUCAGCAAGAUAUGGAGGAUGGACAGACACAUAAACCGGCUCAGGCCCCUCCGGAUGACGUCCUCUCCCUCACCCAGCGCCCCACCAUUGUAGUAUCCAAGGCCAAGAAGAGGAAAGCUAAGGGACUGUUCACAUGACGUGCGCCGCAGCGUCUCCCGCCUCCUGUCAUUCAUUCUCUGCAGACAACAGGUUUCCAUCUGAUAAGCUGUGGCCCCCUAGUGGUGAAAAUGCAGAUCACGCCCCCACCUUGUAAGGUUCUUGUAUCCUGCUCUGGGAAUCUCAUUUUACACUUUUUUUUUUUUUUAUAAAGA